CGGUGGCGGAGGCGGGGCAAGCUGGCCGGUUGCUAAGACUUGGAGAAGCGCAGCGCUCCCGCCUUCUUCUCAGUCGGAGCCACGCCAGGAUGGACCCCGCCCUGGGCAUCGCAGAGCCGCGUGUGGACGAGAAGGCAGGGAGCCCCGAGCGAGAGCCCGCGCCAUGGCAAGCCCUCCCGGUCCUGUCCGAGCAGCAAUCUGGGGAUGUGGAGCUGGUGCUGGCGUAUGCCGCGCCCAUCCUGGACAAACGCCAGACCUCGCGCCUCCUCAAGGAGGUGUCAGCCGUCCACCCACUACCUGCACAGCCUCACCUCAAAAGGGUGCGGCCCAGCCAGGACCCCAGCUGCCCACAUGCACUGGAGAUGCUGCUGUGCCUGGCGGGGCCAGCCGCGGGCGCACGAUCGCUGGCUGAGCUCCUCCCGGAGCCGGCCGUGGACCCCCGUGGCCUGGGACAGCCCUUCCUGGUGCCUGUGCCUGCCCGGCCGCCCCUGACCAGGGGCCAGUUCGAGGAGGCACGCGCCCACUGGCCCACGAACUUCCACGAGGACAGGGAGGUGACCCGAGCCCUGGCUGGGCAGCUCUUCUCAGCACAGGAACGGGCCACGAUGCAUGGCCACAUGGAGCGGGCUGUGUGGGCGGCUCAGCAGGCUGCCUCUAGGGGCCUGAGGGCUGUAGGGGCAGUGGUGGUGGACCCGGCCUCGGGCCGCGUGCUGGCCACGGGCCAUGACUGCCGCGGCGCGGCCCGCCCCCUGCUGCACGCCACCAUGGUGUGCAUCGACCUGGUGGCCCAGGGCCAGGGCCGCGGCACCUAUGACCUCGUGCCCCACCCCGCCUGCUCCUUCGCCCCGGCCACCGCCCCCCAGAGUGUCCGUGUGGGCUCCGUGCGCAAGCUGGACGAGGACGCGGAUGGCCUCCCCUACGUGUGCACCGGCUACGACCUGUACAUCACCCGUGAGCCCUGCGCCAUGUGCGCCAUGGCCCUGGUGCACUCCCGCGUGCGACGUGUCUUCUAUGGGGCUCCCUCGCCCGACGGCGCGCUGGGCACCCGCUUCCGCAUGCAUGCCCGGCCAGACCUCAACCACCGCUUCCAGGCCUUCCGCGGGGUGCUGGAGGCCCAGUGCCGCCAGCUGGACCCCGACCCGUAGGCGCCCGGCCCUGAAGUUCCUCUGCUCCCCGCUGGCCCAGGCAUCCCACAUGGUCACGAGGGGACUGCCGUCCCUUCUCGAUUUUAGAGACACGCGUGUCUCCUGGCCCCGGAGCCCCCACCACACUGUUCUGCCAGCGCAUGGGGGCGUCCCCUGCCUGGAUGGGCUCCCCCACCACUGGCCCAAGUGCAGCGGGGGUUCAGCCGGCGAAGCCCUGGGUCCUUGGGGACUGUGUCCCCUUUUCUCAGGUGUCAGAAGACAGUUCUGUUGUGUGACAAUAAACAACUUAAAACCAGGUUGGUGUCUGUUGACAGAGGUAGAGGCUGUGGUGGCCACUGGUCCCUGGAUCCGGGGGAGACCGCUUUCCUGGUGCCUGGGUUUGUACUGGGGAGACGAGCGCCUGAGCCGAGUGUGGGCAGAGCAGGGCCCCCCAAGUCUGGAAGCGUGAGGCUGGACUCCAGGGAAGAGCCCCGCCAACCUGGACAUCAAUUUCCUGACUGUCCAAGGAGGCCAGUGGACCCCUAGAAGGGUGGGUGGGGGUCUGCUCCACAGUGGCCCUCUUGUCCAUCCAGCAAACUCACGUUGACUGAGCACAUGGUGGGUGGCUUAGGGCCCUGAGACAUCUCUGCCCUGAGCCCACCCUCGAGCCCCUAGCCCUUCCCAGCUCAUGGGGGCAGGGCAGGUGGAGGGUCUCAGCCAGAGCCAGUGAGGUGGGCGCGCUGGAUGGACGGUCGGUCAGGGCAGUGAGCCUGCUGGGCCUGCAGACAGGACAGGGCCGGGCGGGGCUGCAGGUCCCAGUGGGGCUGGAGAGUGGACCGAGGGAACUCUUGGUCACUGGAACCUUUUCGCCUGAACUGCCUCCGGGCACAGCUCCCCCACUUGCUCCAGGGCCAGGUGCUGGGGACAGUUGAGGCCCAGCUGUGCCAUGAGGGCCAGGCAGAUUUCCCGAACAGGGUACCGCCCACCCACAGGGCCCUUGUGGAACCGGUGAGCCCCCCACAGUGAUGUGCCUUGAUGGUGCCUCCUGUGAGGGGCUGCUCUGUGAAACAGGCUCCUGGGCUCCCUCUGGGCAGGACUGCUGGGAGCCAAGCCCAUCUGCAAGUGUUUCACUUGGGUUGCAGUGGGGUCCUUGGCCCUGCAAAGCUCCAGGGGCAAAAACUGCAGACCAGAGAAGUUGUGUGACUUGCCUGAGGUCACACAGCAAGGAGCAUGAACUUAGUUCUUGGUGAAUCAGAUCCCCUGGGGCUGUAGGAGGCACGCAGAGCCGUCUGUAGGUAAUGGGGAAGUUUGAGAGGGUAAGGAGGCGGGAGGGCAGCGGGGGUGAGUGUCUGGGAUCCCAGGAACAUCCGGGCUCUGGCCCGAUGCCUCCUCUCAAGUCAGUACAGAAGCUGCCUGGGGCCUCUGAGGUGAAGAGGUGGCGGGUCACAUACUUGGGGCUGGCCUUUGGGCCAAGAGCCCAGACACCUCUGUGGACAGUCUGGAGGUUAGGGCUGUCCUUGCGGCGGCCGCCUGGGCCUGCAAUUGGCGUCGGGGUCCCCUAGCAGUGAUGAGGACUCCCUGACUAUGGCUGUCUC